AUGGAGGCGUAGGUUAAUGUUUAAUGGCAUUGUAAUAGUUACACAUUGAGAGCUAUUGCCUACAUGGUGCUAUGUACUGCUCAAACUUGCUCAGAGGACUGUGAGAAACCCACUGGCAACCAGUCUGUUCCAGAGGCCUGAGAGACACCAAGAAAGAUGGUCCAUAAGUCCAUAGUGGUGGGUCUGGUGGUGCUGCUGGUGGCUGCCGUGAGCACCUUCGUGGGUGUGUUCUUUGGGCUGGGCAGCAGGUCGACCUCAAAUGACCAUCCCUACUCCAGGGCUGCCGUGGCAGCUGAUGCUGGCCCAUGCUCAGAAAUCGGCAGAGACACGUUGCAGAAAGGUGGCUCUGCAGUGGAUGCAUCUAUUGCUGCCUUGCUGUGUGUUGGGCUGAUGAACGCCCACAGCAUGGGCAUUGGAGGAGGACUCUUCUUCACUAUCUAUGAUGCCAAAACUGGAAAGGUAGAGACCAUUGAUUCCAGGGAGACGGCUCCCGCCAACGCGACAGAGAACAUGUUUGGCAAUAGCACCCAGUUAGCCAAGAAAGGAGGGUUGUCCAUCGCCAUACCAGGGGAGAUCCGUGGGUACGAGCUGGCACACAAUCGCCAUGGAAAAUUGCCAUGGAGAGAGCUGUUCCAGCCUGCAAUCCAGUUGGCACGGAAAGGCUUUCCUUUGGGCAGGGCAUUGGCAACUGCUAUCUCCAAGAACAGGGAAACCAUCACUGGUGACACCGCUUUAUGUGAGGUGUUUUGUGACAAAAAUGGUGCCAUCCUGAAGGAAAACGACACCAUCACCUUUACUAAACUUGCUGACACCUAUGAAACAAUAGCAAAUAAGGGACCUAAUGCUUUUUACGAAGGCCCACUGGCAGAGAACCUUGUGAGGGACAUUCAGUCAGCAGAUGGUAUCAUCACACUGGAUGACCUAAAGAACUACAAGCCUUUUUUGGAUGAGAGUCCUCUCAAUACUAAUGUGGGGGAGUACAUCAUGUAUGUGCCCAACGCCCCAGCCAGUGGCCCUGUCCUGUCCCUCAUACUCAACAUUCUGGAUGGAUACAACUUCACCUCAGACAGUGUCUCCAGCACUGAGAAGAAGAUCCUCACGUACCACCGCAUGGUCGAGGCCUUCCGAUUUGCUUACGCCAAGCGAAGCAUGCUGGGAGAUCCAAACUUCCUCAACAUCUCUGAUCUCAUCCGCAACAUGACCUCAGAUUACUUUGCCGAUGCCCUCCGUCAGAAGAUUACAGAUGAUACCACCCAUCACAUGAACUACUAUGAGCCGGAGUACUUUGUCCCCGAGAACCACGGGACAGCACAUCUGUCUGUGGUGGCAGAGGACGGGAGUGCAGUGGCAGCCACCAGCACCAUCAACCAAUUUUUUGGCUCCAAAGUCAUGUCACGAUCUACAGGAAUCCUCCUCAACAAUGAGAUGGAUGACUUCAGCUCCCCCCUCAUCACCAAUGGCUUUGGAGUGCCUCCUUCACCAAACAACUUCAUCAGACCAGGUAAGAGGCCCUUGUCUUCUAUGUGUCCAGCCAUUCUUUUUGACAAGAGGAGCAACAAUGUCAAGAUGGUGGUGGGGGGCUCAGGAGGAACAAAGAUCACCACGUCAACUGCCACGGUGAUUCUCAACACACUGUUCUUUAACUACGACCUGAAGAAAGCUGUGGCAGAUCCCAGAAUCCACAACCAGCUGAGUCCCAACACCACACUGGGAGAGCCCGGGUUUGACGAGAUGGUGAUGGCAGGUCUGGCUUUGAAGAACCAUGAGACAGAGUUCCUGACAGCCACAGGGGCUGUGGUUCAGGCAGUGGUGCGCCAGGGGGACCGGCUCCAUGCUGAAUCCGACCCCAGGAAAUGGGGCUACGCUGCUGGGUACUGAGACCAACCACAGACCCCAGCUCCCACGAACUGAGGCAAACCACACACCUCUGCUCCCACAGACAGGCUGGCUGAUUGGGCUUCUGAUUCAGAUGAAAGCCACCUCUACAAUAGGGCUGUGACAAUACCAGUAUCGCAAUAUUUUUUCCAUGGCAAAAAUGAAUACACGAAGCAGAUCUCUUUGGUCCUUUAAAAACCUGCUGUACUGUAUGUAAAAUAUUGUGUGCUGUAGAUGGAAACAUAUACAUGUGACUCUGGAUGACAACAUAAUGAUGGUUGUUUCCAACAUUAGGCCUGUUUUCCUGAAGAAGUUAAUCCGCUUUGCGAUACUGGUAUCGUCCUGGCCCUACUCUAUAGACUAUAUUACAAACCAAGAGAAAAACAUUCAGAUUCCUGUCAUCUCAGCAAAGACCUACGACCUACAGUAUGACCUUAGUCCUCUCUGGUAAACCAGGGUCACCUUUCUCCCUCGUUGGUGUCAUAAGAAAGUGGAGAGAAGCUACCCUCCAACGUCUCCUAUCCCUCCAGUGCCUCAGUCUGAGAUCCAGAUGCUGAGAUAGAGCUAUUCAUUCUCCACAGUCCUCCUCCACUCUGCUUUACAAUGCGGUACUAUGUGUACCAUCUCAAUAUUUCUUAUUCAAAGUAACUGUGCCAACACUAUAUCAAUGUUUUUCUUUCACUGCAAUCUUUCAUGGAUUUUCAGUCAGGAUUUUCAUUUUGAGAUAAUAUAUUAUUAUAAUCACUGUUUGCCUUAAACCAAAUGUUAUAUUCAGUAAAAAAAUGUAUAUUAUUUGUGUUACUUUUGAGAAGACAUGCUAUUGGUUCAAGAUUAAUAAUUCACAAGCCAUACCCAUAUAAAAGUUUUAUGAUGUAAGACUGCAACAAUAUUAUAAGCAUUGACCAACAAUGAAAACACAGGAAGACAGAAACAAAUUUCAAAUAAUAAAAGAGGGCUUACUUCAUGGUUCAAUUGUUCUCAUGACACGACUGCAAAGUGCAAUGUUUGUUUGCCAUUUGUUAAUUUAUGUUGGUCAAAUACACCAUGUAGGCUAUACUAAUAAAGAGUCGCACACAG